UUUCUUAUCCUAGUUCCCUUCGUUAUGGCAGACCACUACAAAUACCAUCCGUUGGAUCGUUCCAAACGCGAAAUCAGGCUAUCGAGCCUGCUCCCAAACGACGGCACAAGAAAGUCCAAGUUAAUCCCCGCUUGUCAUCUCUUUCACGUCGCUCUUGAUGAAAAGCCAAACUUCACUGCGCUCUCCUAUGUCUGGGGAGAUCCCAAAGAUCGACGUGUGAUCUUGGUAGAUGGCUUUCCUAUUUCAGUGACCCGGAACCUAUACGACGCGAUGAUGGUACUUCGGCCGGCCAAUGCACCCAUCACAAUAUGGAUUGAUGCUCUGUGCAUCAACCAAGCAGAUGACGAAGAAAAGAGCUGGCAAGUCGGACUGAUGGCGGAGAUCUAUGGGCAUUCGUCUAAAGUUGUGGCUUGGCUCGGUCCAGCUGAUCAGGAUAGCGAUUCAGUAAUGGAUUACCUGAAUGACUUCGGAGCGAGGGCUGAAGCUUGCGGUGCACACCACUCGCCCGCACCCUACAUGGAAGCCUGGAACGAGCUGGCGGCCGAGCCUGGAGCACUCCGUCCUCCAAGCAAAUUCAACGUGUGGGAUGCACUGUUGGAUGAUCUUAUCUCUGAAGCGAGCGCCGAUGCCUGUGGCAUAGAUCGUGAGCCCAAAUCUUAUGCGAAAACGUGGCGGAAGCUAGAAGAGCUGGUUGCCGACGGUCGAAGAGCCCGCAUUCCAAGACGAUCUGAAGUGCGAAUACAAACGCCUGCGGGCCAAAGAUUGUGGUUCUCGCAAGAGGCGGCGGAUAGCCUGUUUUAUUCCAUCAGUGGCUGGCACGAUCAACAUAAUCUACUACCGCUAGACGGCAUAAAGCGACUGUUCACUCGAAAAUGGUGGGAGCGGGUUUGGGUACUUCAAGAAAUUGCUCUUCCCGAAGACGCCGAAUUUCUUUGUGGGGCGAAGCGGAUUGAACGUCGUCGAUGCACCGCUGCUCUUAAUGCUUUUACUGCUUGUCAAGCCGUUCUUGCAUCGAAGUUUACCAACGAUCCGCAGGCAUUGACGCCAUACCAAGUCAGAAUUGGAGGGGUCUUCUUCCAGCACAGAGCGACUGUCAUGCUGGCAUCCUGGUCUAUCUACAGGGACGGUGGGUUCCCGCUCGUGGCUUUACUUCGCGCAACAUGUGAGGGCAGCGAAGAUAUCAGAAAAUAUGGGCCCCAUCAUCUAAAAUCGACCGACCCGCGGGACAAGGUAUUCGCUUUGUUGGGUAUCGCAAGUGAUAGAGAGGAGUUGCUGUCGUUGGGCCUUUAUCCCGAUUAUACAAAGUCUUUUAAGGAAACGUACAAGAUAACCAUGGUAGCUCUGCUUCGACAAGGCCACGUCUCACUAUUAUCGAUGUGUCAGACCCCGAAGCUCAUUCCAGAACUACCAUCCUGGGUCCCGGAUUGGUCUGGAUGCUUGUCUGGUGUAUUGCAAAGCGUGGAAGGGGAUCACGUCACUCUUCUUCCUGCAUUCAGCGCAUCCGGCGCAGAAUCUUUUCAGCCCGAAGUCAUUAUUAGAUCGAAAUACGGAGCGAUCGAAGCCGUCGCACUGGCGGGCUGUAUAUACGACGAGAUAUGCGAAGUAGGAUCAUUUCCUAACGAGCGUUCUAGUCGUAAAAUGCCUCUUCCAGAUGUGGUUUCAAGGGCAGCGGAUAGGCUGAUCGCAGUCCUUCUCCUCACGUACACCAGUAAGGAAGGAUGCAAAGACUUCAGAGAUCGUAUGCGUGCAGCGGUACGGACUUCCGUCGGAGGUGUUAGAAUUGACGAACAUAAGGACCUAGCGAGGGUUGGAGACGACCGUUUUGUUGAUGCUAUAGAGCUUCUGCAGAGCUUCAUUAAACACAUCAAGCACAGACGUAUCAAAGUCGGCGUACAAAACCUGGUAGCCAACGGGGCUCUCAAAGGUAGGAUCGGUGCACAAUCCCAGGGUACCCGCACAUUGCUCGGAGAAAUCCUCGGGAAGAGCAUGGGGCAACUUCCAUGCAUUACCAGAAAGGGGCAUUUGGUCCUUUGCUCUGAGCAUGUCAAGCGAAGCGACGUUGUGGCGCUAAUCCGCGGGGCCCAGGUGCCCUUCGUGGUUCACCGAAGGAACGAUGGACGGUAUCAACUCAUUAGCGAAGCGUAUGUCGACGGUAUCAUGGACGGAGAGGCGGUCGAGAACUGCGAGUGGGGUUUGAUAGAUCUUGUCUAGUGUAGCUUGUGGUCCGGUCGUAGUGUGAGGCAAGAUGGUUGGUAAGCAAGGCGGAUUCGAUAAAUCUCUGUUGCACAAGACCCACGGCCUCGCUCUAUCUCCCUAGUCAUGGCUUAGGGUAAGCACCAAGCGUGGUGGGUUCCCUCGUGCAUUGUUAUCGUGGGAUUGAGCUACUCACCUGAAAGGUGCGUUGUUGGGAUCAGGUUGCAUGUCCCUCAAGCAAGGCAGACUCCGCCUCCAUCUCGAUACAUCUCGGUUGCGUCCGGAAGGGACGUCGGUGGUUGAAAUGAUGAGAAUAGCCGCGCAUAUCGAUGCGAUGCAUCCUCUUCUGCAUGAGCGCAAGAGUGCAGCAGGGAUGAUAAGAGCGCCACUUCGGUGU